CGACGAAUCGGUAUUCGAGGGUCCACAAAAAUGUGUCUAAUACCACCAUGCUAUGCUUUGCUGAAGCAGGUCGGGCUCGGCCAGCUCUGCGGACCGGUCAUACGAGUCUGACGGAGCACCAUCUUACUACUCUCCAACCCAGUUAUCAACAUCAACAAUGCUGGGUUGUCUGUUGUGCCAUGAAAGACAAGCCGAAGCCAAUCGAUGCUUUGGCUCGAUGAAACAAGAAAUCAGUCCAACAAUUCCUAGUGCUGCACUUGCAACAUCAUGAUUCAUCUCAUUGAUCUCUCUCUUUUGGAAAUUCUACUUUUUUUUUCUGUACAACUUUCUUCUCUUUUUCCAUUUAUCAACUUGUUUGAGUCCUCAUAUGCCCGCUUUCAAGCUUCAUACAUGCUAUUAUGAUUUUGAUUUCAAUUGUCUCAUUCCUAAACCAGUGUUGAGAGUAGUCUAGAUUCACUGAGAAUAUACUAAAUUUUUGAUAUGUCAAUUCAAUCCCUCAAUGUCGA